AUGCAGUCUCUGCCCAUGGAGGUGGGAAGCAGCAGCAGCAGCAGCAGCAGCAGCAGCUCGGCGGCCUCGGUGGUGCAGGUGUGCUUCCCCAGCGCUCAGGCCUCGGUGCUGGACAGCCUGAACCGGCAGAGAGAGGACGGCAGGCUCUGUGACCUCUCCAUCCACGUCCAGGGACAAGUGUUCAAGGCUCACCGCUGCGUCCUGGCCGCGUCCUCCCCCUACUUCCAUGACCAGGUACUCCUAAAGAACAUGUCCACGGUCUCCAUCCCGGCGGUCAUGGACCCGCUGGCGUUUGAGAGCGUGCUGAGCUGCGCCUACACCGGUCAGCUCCGGAUGCUGCGCGACGACAUCGUCAACUACCUCACGGUGGGCAGCGUCCUGCAGAUGUGGCACAUCGUGGACAAGUGCACCGAGCUGCUGAAGGAGGGCCGAGCUGCUGUGGCGGGAGGAAGCGGCGGAGGAGGUGGAGGAGGAGGAGGAGGUGGCGGUGUGCAGGACGGAGCGGGUGGAGGCGGAGGGUCAGCCAACCCCGGGUGCAGCAGCAGCAACGGAGAUGGCGGUGCAGGUGGCGGUAACGGAGCUGGAGGCAACAGUGGUGCAGGUCAAGUCCAGGUCACAGAGUCCAACGAGCCCCAGCGAGCCUCCCAGCCCCCCAGCCGCCCCUCGGUGAGCGAGAGCCAGAGUCCCAGCAGCACCAACUACUUCAGCCCCAGAGACGGCAGCGGUUUCGGGGGAAGCGGAGCGGCCGCAGCUGGAGCUUCGGUGGACGGAGGCGCGGCGAGCAACACCCCCAGCUACUGCACGCCUUCAGGAGGGGAGGAAGCCUUCCUUAUCGAGGAGGAGGAGGAGGAGGUGGAGGAGGAAGAGGAGGAGGUGUUGUACCACCAGAGGAAGAGAGGAAGAGGAGGUGGCAGCGGGAGGAGGAAGAAGAUGAGCUCGGUGUCGGAGCAGGAAGUCGGGGUCAGCGACAGCUUCGGCGUGUCGUCCUAUCAGGACGGAGAGGACUCCGCCUUGCCUCUGCAGAAGCGUCCCACCUACAGCCAGCCCAGCAUCAUGCCCCGUAAACAGUGGGUGGUGGUGAAAACCGAGCGCACAGAGGACGACGACCUCAUCGUGGUGUCGGGGGAGGAGGGAGGAGAAGACGAGGAGGACGAGGAGGAGAGGGAGAUGGAGCUGGCACGAGAGAGGGACCGGAGCGACUUCAACAUCUCCAACGUCAGGAGCCUUUCAGCCGAGCUGGGGGGCAGAGCUGAGAGCGACAUGGACUCUCAGGUGGAUUACUGCCAGUCUUCAGAAGACUACCUCAAGUUUGAAGGAAGUCUAAUGGAACAGACAUUAGCUCAGCACCUUCAUGACAGCGCUGCGGGUCAGAGCCAGAACGCUAACCGUGCUGUUUCGGCGCUGCUGGGUCAGGUUCAGUCUGCAGCCACGGCCCGGGCCCAGCUCUUUCCACUGGACAUGCAGGGGAACCAGAUCCUCCUCUACAGCCAGGCCUCCGGACUCUCCCUGGACGCCGCCGCACCCCCUCUGGGGAUGGCAGGUGGUAUGAUCGGAGGAGGCUCUUUUAAAGGACCCGGUCUGGAGCACGGUGCGGUCCACCUGUCAGUACAGGGGGGUUUGGGGGUCGAUGGCACUGACAGCGGGGGGAUGGGAGGUGGAAGUGGGUGCGGUGGCAGCAGCAGCUCCGGGAGUUCAGGGAAAGUGUUCAUGUGCCACUGUGGGAAGACCUUCACCCACAAGAGCAUGAGGGACCGCCACAUUAACAUGCACCUGGACCUGAGGCCCUUCCACUGCCCCGUCUGCGCCAAGAAGUUCAAGAUGAAGCAUCACCUCACGGAGCACAUGAAGACGCACACGGGCCUGAAGCCGUACGACUGCCUCGGCUGCGGGAAGAAGUUCAUGUGGCGCGACAGCUUCAUGCGGCAUCGGUCGCACUGCGAGAGGCGCAGCGGGCUGGGGGAGGGCGGCGAGGGCGGGGGCAGCAGCGACGGAGGCCGGAGGGGAGGAGGAGAGGAUGGGUCCGAUUUGAUUUCCUCCCCUCACCUCCUCCUGUCUGCAGGCGAAGGCGCACAGAGCGGCAUCCUGGGAGGAGGAACGAGGGGGGGAGCGUCUGUUUCGGCUUCACACCUUUCUGCUGCUGUUCUGUCACCGCAGCACGCCGGCGUGUCGGCUGCAGGAGGCGGCGGCAGCAGCAACAGCGUGAGUAACAGCAGCAGUGCUGCUCUGAGCAACAACAUUUCUGCAUCGGGGGCCCUUCUCGGGGUCUCUCCGGGUCCGGGCCAGGGUCCGGGAUCUGGGAUGUUCGGGGGUCUAGGGUUGGGUCGGAGUGUCUGUGAUGAAGACGUGUGUGAAGUCAGUGCCAAUGAAAGUAGCGUGACUUAAACCAAAAGUGUGUGUUACAUCCAGCGGGCGCCUCUGUCCGAGCAAACCGUCGUGCUUCUGGUUCCUGCUGCUGUUUUGAAAAUUUUGUGAACUCGGAAGUGUUUCAAGCAGACAGUGUGCUUUGUCCAGAAAACAGGCGAGGCUCCCGUUGGACACACAACCUGAAGGACCUGUAAUGUUUACAGAAAAAUGACACUUUGAGAUUCCAGUCGACUGUUGUGGCGUGAAGUUUCUGAAACAGACUUGUGGUUUUGCUGAUGCCAUCUCACAGAGACUUUAGGAAACUUGCCUCCGAAACGUGGCCUCAUAAAAAUGGACGUUUAGUCUCUGAGUAAGCUAUUGUUUCAAAUAUCUGAGACGUUGUUAGAGUUUAUUUUUUUGGUUUUGUGGAGAGGAAACAAAAAAUGACAGAGCUUCACUUACUGUUACCUUCCGUGGCAACAUUAUAAUAUCAGUAGAGUAGAAAAAAUGGCUGUUCUAAAUUGCUGUGAUUUUCUGCAGUAUUGUAUUGUGACACAUUUCUGUAAUCGGAUCAAAAACGCAAAUCUGCAAAACAAAUUAGAAAUGAAGAAAAAGAUUCCAUUCAUGUGGUGUUAUUUUUCUAAAUAGGCACAAGGACUUUAAUAGAUUUGGUGAAACUCACUCGGCUGACUUAAUCAAACUCUUCUGAAUGGAGACAAAGCAGAGAAGUUGCAGACUUGUGUGUUGUUUUCUUGAAUUUCCUCACAGCAGCAGUGAUACAUCUUUUUCCUGCCUCGGUGUCACGUGUAACAAACUUAACUGUCAGCACUGCCAAGUUGUUUUAAGUGAUCCUGGUUGUGCUUUUGUUGAAGCUCGUCCUGCGUUACAGUUGAGACACAGUUAUUUAUCCUCAGCACUGACCGACCUCAGUCACGUCCACGGGGACGGACGUUUGCCAGACAGGAACUCUUUGGUCUUUUGGCUGCUUAUUUAUUCGUCUCUACCAACCUGUACAGCUAAUUAGCUUGAGCCUUAUUCAGACGUGGUUUUCAAAACUUGAUGUUUGGUUGUUGUAGCAAAAGCUAGAUCUGUUAAUCUUUAUACCUUUAUGGUUCAGCUCUGCAUAAUCAGCCACGACAUUAAAACCACCUGCCUACCAGAGGACCUUAGAGGAGGCGCUGCCAGUGGAUCGUUUAGAUCUUGUAGAUUGCAGGGUGAAGCCUCCACCAAUCUCCCGAAUGCAUGAUCAGAUGUGGAUUUGGGGAGUUUGGAGACUGGGUCAAGAACACCUCGGGCUCUUGUUCGUGUUCCUCGAGCUGUUCCUGAGCAGGUUUUGGGGCGUGUUAGGGCUGCUGCUGUCAGUGCUGUUAUUAUGUGUUCAGGCUUUUUCUGAGAAGACUAGACGAACAGAUUGAGAUCAAGUUGAGACUUCAGUGUUCAUGUCUUUGGAACAACUUUUAUUCCUUUAAAAUACAAAAUUGACCUACUGGAGGACCUUAGAGGAGGUGCUGCCAGCAGAUCAUUUAGAUCUUGUAGAUAGCAGGGUGAAGCCUCCACCAAUCCCCCGAAUGCAUGAUCAGAUGUGGAUUUGGGGAGUUUAGAGACCGGGUCAACAACACCUCAGGCUCUUGUUCAUGUUCCUCGAGCUGU